UCAGUUUUAACCAUUUUAUUUACAUUCACAGUAAUAUAAAAUGUAAUUAAAUCGCGUAUUGAUUAAUUUUACGUCAUUUUCAAUAUUUAUUUUUAUUUAAAACAUUAUUUUGUUAAAAAUAAAACAUUGGAAAAAAGCGGAAGUCAUAUGUUGUCAUGAGACACGACACAGACUUUGUUUGUUGCUGAGGGGAGGUCCUCAUAAUGUGGUGAUUGCACAAGUUGACAGCAUGAAACAAAAUUGUUUUCAUUUGCUUUGACCUGAUAUCCCUAGUUUCAACCUCCCUUUUACAACGUGUCCGGUCUGGAUGGCUGUGGAGGAGCUUAGCAUGCUAAGCUAAGGAACGUGAGCAACUUUAGCUACAUCGAUUUAAGUGUGGUGGUGGUUACUCCAUGGAAACGCUUCUAUAGCUUUUUUUGUGUGGAUGUCCACUAUGGACGCUUCAGAAGGACCCAGAGAGUCUGUGGAGGAUGCCCAGGAAGAUAAAAUUAUCUCUACAGGCGACAACAAGCACGUAAGUAGAAAGAACUCGGCCACAUGCUCGGGCAGCAGCGGCGGUGAAAUAAAGAGCUGUGCUGUGGUCAAGUACUGCGCUGCUCCGUCUUCCAGCACAUACGCAUUACUACAGGAGAAGACUGACCUCAAGCUGCCUCCUGCUAACUGGCUGAGAGAGAACCCCCAGCUGGGCACUGCUGGCACCACUGUGUUGGGCUCCAGCAGUAAGGGCAAACCAUUUUCAAGUUUUGGGAUGGCGUAUGACUUUAUAGACUGCAUCGGGGAUGACGUCGACGUCGUAUCAGAUUCGGAGAAUAUCAAGAAGCUGUUGAAAAUCCCAUACAGUAAGUCACACGUCAGCAUGGCCGUCCACCGUGUGGGACGCACCCUCCUUUUGGACGAGCUGGAUAUGCAAGAGCUCUUCAUGAGAUCCUCUCAGACAGGAGAUUGGACGUGGUUAAAGGACUUUUACCAGCGGCUGAUGGAUCAGAAGUGGCAGAGAAAAAAGAAGAGCAAAGAGCAUUGGUAUCAGAAAGCCAUCCUUUCCAAGUUCCUCUACUACAGCAUUAAUGGCGACUGUGGUGCCGAGCCGGUCGCGGACAACCUCAUUGACGAUGAUGAGUGUGGUGCUCAGGAUUUUGGCUCAUCGUGGCCAACCACUUUCACCAGCUCUGAUGAGGAACAGUCAGCUGCUUGUAAACAGGAACAUGUGCCCAUGGACAACAAGUUUGCUCUGGGUCAGGUGACGUCGGCGCCCCAAGAGCAAAACCUUCUAGCACUCUUCAAUGAAGGUGAAAACAGUCAGGGUUUAAGGAACGACUUCGUGCGAAACAUUAUGUGGACGUUUGAAGACAUCCAUAUGUUGGUCGGCUCCAACAUGCCAAUUUUUGGAGGGGGCCGAUAUCCGGCUGUCAGCCUCAAACUCAGGGAUAACAAUAAACCCAUCAAUAUCCUGACAGGUAUUGACUACUGGCUCGACAAUCUGAUGUGCAACGUUCCCGAACUGGUCAUGUGUUUUCAUGUCAAUGGCAUUGUACAGAAAUAUGAGAUGAUAAAAACUGAAGACAUCCCCCAUCUGGAGAACUCAACUUUUUCCACCAGGGUGGUGAAAGACAUUGCUCAGAACAUCCUCUCGUUCCUCAAGUCGAACUGCACCAAAGAGGGUCACACCUACUGGCUUUUCAAAGCUAGUGGGAGCGACAUCGUGAAACUUUAUGAUCUUACGACAUUGUGCGAGGAGGCCGAAGAGGAGAAAAGCCACAAUCCAUUCACGCUUCCCGUAGCUGUGUUGCUUUACAAAGUGGCAUGUAACCUGAUGCUCAAGGCAAGAGAAAACAGGAAGCACUAUGGCACAAUUCGAACCCUGCUUUUGAACUGUGUCAAACUUCUGGACCAGGACAGACAUCCCCAGAUCAUUGCCUCAGCCCACUACAUGCUGUCAGAGCUUUUCCAGCUAGAUGAGCCUCAAGAGGACGACGACGAUGGAGGGGAGUCGUUCCGGGCCUGUGGCUCUGAGGAUAGCUACAGUAAUGAUGACCGUGAAGAAGACGAUGAGGACCUGGAGGAGGAAGAGAGCGAUGACAGUAGCUCAGAGAGUAACAGCCGCACACAAGAUGACAGUAAAGCCGUGGCGGUCAUCCGCUCUGUAGGAGAACUGUCUGUCCCAGAGAAAUACAAAUCCACUCAGCUGAUCAGACCAGGUUGUGCUUUUCCCAUCUCGCAAGACAAAGAAGAGCGAUGCAGACACGUCCUGAACUAUGUAUUGAAGGGGCUGAAGGCAGUAGAUGGCAGCAUCAAAAAGGAGAGUGACCUACCAGCUGUGGACCCGAAUACACCUAUCCCUCUCAAAUAUGAAGAUGGGAGCAGUGGCAGAAGCUGCGCCACAGAAAAAGGCAUCUCUCCUCUCUUUGAAAAAGGGCCCUUGCAGACAGACCAGAAGCAUCCAACGCGCUCGGGCAUGAUUCCUGGCACGUGGCAACACCAGAUGAAACUGCAACUCUUCCUCAAGGCCUCCAAGGCGUACUACGUGUUAUCCGACGCCGCCACCAACCUGUCGAAAUACGGGCGAGCCUUGCGCUACAUCAAGCUGUCGCUGCAAAGCUACGAUGCCUAUUGUUUCAUUGGAGGUGCGCUACAACCGCACGUGCUGCUGUUCCACUGCCACUGUCUCUCUCUCUGCGGGGACAUCCAACUGAUGUUGGCUCAGAAUUCUAACAACAGGGCUGCGUACCAGGAGGAGUACAGCUACCAAACCAAAGAGGACCAAGAGAUCUUACACAGCUUGCACAGGGAGAGCAGCUGCCAGGCCUUCAACAUGGCGACCGACCUGGCCAUGGACCCCGAGUAUCAGCUGUUUGUGAGCAGCAAGUGCUACGAGGCCGCGUACGAGCUGCUUGUCUCCCAUGCCUUAAAGGAGGAGGCGGCGGACCAGUUGGCUCAAGUGCUCAAACGGCUCGGGAACAUCCGUAACGAAAUGGGGGUUUACUAUAUGAACCAAGCGGCAGCCAUGCAGACAGAGCAAGUGAAGACCUCAGUGUCCGUUGCCGAGCAGGAGGUGUGGAAGAAAAGCUUUGCCUUCUUCGAGAAGGGCAUGAAAGACUUUGAAGCUAUCGGGGAUAGCACCAACAAAGCGCUGCUGCUGUGUAACACGGGCAAGUUGAUGAGAAUCUGCGCCCAGGCCCACUCCAGCCUCUCUGCGGAUGACAGCCGAGGGGAAUUCUCCCCUGAAGAGGCUCUCUACUACCACAAGGCCAUAGACUACUACCUGCGUGCGAUGAGGUCUUUAUCAUGCCGGGAGAACCACCAGCCAGUGUGGGAUAGCGUAAACUGGGAGCUAUCCACUACGUACUUCACACUGGCUACACUUCUGCAGGAUUACGCGCCGCUUUCCAGGAAGGCUCCGGAACAGAUUGAGCGGGAGGUUACUGAGGCCAUGAUGAAAUCUCUCAAGUACUGUGACCUGCACACAGAGUCUGCCCGCCAGCCUCUUUACCAAUACAGAGCGGCCACCAUCCACCACCGCUUGGCCUCCAUGUACCACAGCUGCUUCCGCAACCAGGUGGGUGACGAGCGCUUGAGGAAGCACCACCGAAGUUUGGCGGAACUCCACUACAGCAAAGCCGUGUAUUUGUUCCUCAGCCUCAAAGACGCACCGUGUGAGCUGCUUCGCGCAUUACUAGAACGAGUGGCUUUUGCAGAGUUCACCAUGGCAGCUCAAAACAGCAGCACGGCCAAGCAAAAAAGCCUUGCUGCCGCGCUGGAGAUUAUAGCAGAGACUCGCUGUGCCUUCCAGAUUAUUCACAAAGAACUGCUUGAAGAACAGAAAGAGAGAAGCAGCGCAGAUCUUCCAGGACCUCCCGGCUGCCCCGCUUCAGGAUUAAACCUCCAGGAAGUGACCAAGCUGACUGCUCUGUUCGAGUCGCGCUUCUCUGACUUACUCCUACAGCUUAUCAAACUCAUGACUAAAACCAAACGCAAACCCAGCAAAAAGGACGAGGAGCUGCUGCAAAGCUACAAGAACAUUUAUUCCAAGCUGCUGCGCUGCGACAAGAACACGCCGCUGCUGGCACGCGUGUACCUCUACACUGAACUACUUCAGCAGCUUACGCACAACACUGAUGACGACAUGAUAUCAUGAUGGCACUUCAGAAGAAGCCAGCGAGGGCGUGAUAUAGCAGGCAUCCUGCAUUAAGAAUUAUCUGCAUGAUAUCAAAGUGAUGUCAACAUUACAUUUAUGGAAAGACUUGACACAACAGGGUGCCAACAUCACUUGAUUUGUGCCGUUUUCUACAGAACGGAACUGUAUAAGGGCCAAUCAAUGCUCAAUCAAUAAUAACUUAGCUUAUUUUUGAUAUCCAGAGCUUCCAUUGGUGCUGUGUGAAUUUUGUUUCAUGGUUCUCAAAACCGAAAUAGUGCAAUUUUGUAAAAAUGUGACAGAGCAUGUUUGCUGUGGAAUGGAAAUAAAAAUUUUCAAAUACAAUUAAGCACUUUCUGUCUGUAAAUUACACCAGGGAUGUCCAAACAUGUUUUUUUGGGGGCCUCUUUCAGAAAAUUCGAAGGAUGCAAGGGCCAAACACUUUUUUGAAAAUGGAGUAAAGAUUAUGUAAAAGAUAGAAAAAAAUCACCUCAAAUAAAAUCGUAUUGUCUUCGUAUUAACUCUUUCAGUCCAAUUGAUGAUGUUAGACGUCCAAUCAUGUGGCUGUUUAAACUGAAUGAAUUUAUAUUCACUGUCAGCCCUCCCAAUGGCGUACCGCACUCAACACGUCGCUUUUGCUAAUUAAUAUUUAUGACGUAAGCAACUGCGGCUAGGCGGGUCAAGUGUUUGUCCCUAAUGCUAAAUGCGUGUAAAUAGUGUACGAACGAGAUAUUUACUGAGCUAAACCUACCAAUU